AAGAAUAGCAUAAAGGGUCAUACAUAGCAUAGAACUUGAAAAAAAAUAAAAAAAUCCUGAGGUACACUGCCUCACACUCAAAAGACUGUAGCAUAUUAAUUUGAUGAUAUCUUCCACUCUCUCUUUUUUAUAUAUCCCAAAACCUCCUUUUCUCCUCUGACUUCUCUGUUCCCCAACUCUCCACUUCUUUCUUACCUGUUCUUUGCCAUAAUUAAACAUCAAUGCCCAUCUGUGAUCUGUCUCUCUCUCCCCAUUUACUCCUCCUUUGCUUUUUAUUCCUUUUCAGUUAAACUUCUCAAUUAAAAAAAUAUCUAAGUUCACACCUUACCCUCUAUUAGUGUUUCAGAAACAUAGAAAACACAAUGACCACUUUUGUCUUCUCAUAAACAGUCAUAGCUAGGAAAGCUACACUGGAAACAGAUGUCUCCAAUUCCAAAGCAGGUUUUUGGUGAUUUCAGAAGCAAGCCACUUUCACUUGAUCUUGAAAUUUGAGAGGAUGAGUUUGAAUCACUGAAUAAAGGAAAUGGUUUGUGGAUUUUACCUUCAAACUUCAUAUCAUGUCACCACCACCAAACUCUGCGUUUCUAGCUAAGGCUCCAAAGGUUACAUAAAUAUCCCAGUGCAAGCUCAGAAAUAGAUCUUAUUCUGAAUACUGUGGUAGUUAGUUGCCACUCCUAUUUUGUAAAUUAGAUUCUAACUUAAGCACAACUAAAUCAUGAAACCAAACUUUGAUCUUGAAGUGGAGGCAUGUGCAGAAUAUGAAUCUGAGGUUAGCAGCCAGGUUGCUUCCAAUGUAUCUAUUCAAGAAACCUCUGCAGGUCCUUGUAGUGAUAGCCUCACUAACUCUUCCAACAUCACAAAUCCAUUAGGGGUUCAUCCUAAUUCAGAUGCUAUUUCACUUGACUUAACUCUCCAGUUCAAGAAUAGUGAGCCAGGGGCAAGAGAUUCAAUAGGAUUCUCAUUCUCAAGCACUAGUGAGAGCAGCAACGAACCUGCCUCUCAAACUACAGCUGCAACCAUUCCGCGAGUCUUCUCUUGCAAUUACUGUCAGCGCAAGUUUUUCAGCUCUCAGGCUCUUGGUGGACACCAGAACGCACACAAGAGAGAAAGAACAUUGGCAAAAAGGGCUAUGAGAAUGGGAUUUUUCUCUGAAAGGUAUGCCAAUUUAGCAUCUCUCCCUCUGCAUGGUUCUUUCAGGUCCUUAGGCAUAAAGGCACACUCUUCACUGCAUCAUGGUUUCACCCCAACGAUGAGGCCUCCUGAGGUGAAAAACAAUGCAAGAUUUGAUCAAGGGUAUGUUGGCCUCCCAAUAUUCGUGGAGGAUGACGAGUCAGAUUUGUUGUGGCCUGGUAGUUUUCGUCAGGUUGCUGAGGCAAGCAAUAGUCAUCCGAAUUUCAUACUGACUGGAAGUUCAAAUUUGAGUUUUACUGAGGUGAAUCCACCUUUAGACAUAGAGAACUCAAAACCAGAUUUGACUCUGAAACUUUGAAGGAAGUUAUUUGGCUUAGUUCUGGCCUUGAGUUGUCUGCUUUAUUGUUAUGUUAUUGUACAGUAAGACAUGCAUGCAAGGGGCCAUGAUUGCCAGAUUAAUUCCUAUACUUGUUGGGUUUCCUUUUACUUUCAUUUUCCGUUUUCUCUUAGGAAUCCUUGCUUUGGUAUUUUCCUUUGUAUGUUUCUCAUUGUAUAAGAGCUCCGGGAGGACAAUUUUGGAGCUUCUGUGCUUGUUAUAUAAAUCAUGUUUUUCCUUCACUGUAAUUAUCGAGCUUCUAUGUUUUCUGUC